UAGGCAGAGCAAAUAUGAUAUAAUAUGAGAUCUUCAUUAACGAUUGACAAUGUGAAACAAAUCAUUAAGUUUUUGACUAAAGAGGAAAAGGAAAAUGAUUUAUUAUGUGAAAAAGCUAUAGGAAAGCUUGCUAAUUCUUUUCUUGAUGACACUAUCAGAAGAGAGAUAAUUCCUUUAAAGAUAAUUCCAAUAUUAUUUACAUUACUAGCACAAAGAAAUGAUAAUCACAUUAUCACAGCUCAACUUUAUAGAGCUUUAUCCAAUUUGAGUAAAGAUGAAGAUUUUAUUCAAAAAAUUAUUCUAGAAAAGCCAGGAAAAUAUUUAAGAAUGACUGCUGAAAAAUGUUCAGAUACAAAUUGUUUAAAAAAUUGUUUGAGGCUUAUAAAAAAAUUAUUGUCUAAACCUAUAUAUGUUAAGAAAUUAGUAGUUACUGAAGAUAUAACAACUACUUUAGUUAAAUUCUAUUAUGCAAUAAAAACUACUAAUGAAUUAUCUCUUAUGGGUAUAAAUAAGGAAAAAAGAAAUGAACUAUUUGAACAUAUAAUGGAAUUAUUAUUGAUAAUUAUAAAUAGCUAUUCUAAUAUAAUUGAUAAAGACUUAUCAAAAGCAUUUAAAGAUAAAAAUCAGGCUAAUGAUCAUUUUCUAUCAAGUAAAGCUUGUUACAUAAAUCCUUUGUUAGAUGAAAAAUUCUUAGAAUCUUUGUUAUCAUUGUAUGUUAGUCAAAAUUCUUCAGAUUGUUUUAUCAAAAAAAAAUCAUUGGAUUCUCAAAGUAAUAAUAACAAAGACAACCUCUUAUUACACAAUAAUUCCACAUCCGUAUUGUUUAAAUUGUUUAUAGAAAUGUUGCAUGUAUCUGAAAUAAAUCAUGCAUUAGGUAAUAUUGGUGCUGUUAAAGUAUUCUUAAUUUUACUACAGCAAAAUUUGGCAAAAAUUAAUAUGAAAUCCAUUCCAAAUAAAUUUGAUUUUCAUACAGGUGAGCAUGCUCAAAACACAUUAUUUAAUUUGCUUAGGGUUGUACAUUUAUUCUCAACUGAAGUAGCUAAUAAAUUUAGAAUACGUGACUUUGGUGGUCUUCCAAUAUUGCUAUCAUUAGCUUGGAAGUUAGUACCCAAAAUGUUUACAAAUGAAGGAUAUUUCUGCCAUAUCAAUUUGAUAAUAUUGAUUUUCAUAAAUUUUAUUUAUGAAAACUCAUCCAUGGUCAUUCUUUGUGAAAAUGGAUUAUUGAAUGUGAUUAAUUCAAUUUUCAGACAUUUUUUGAGUGAUAGUGACCUUGAUUUUGAAGAUCAAAAUUUAAUAACUGGUGAAGAAAUAGUUGAUAAAGAUUUUACCUCGGUUCCACCCUUACACAAAAAUUUAUCAUAUUGUGAAAAUGAGGUGGUAGUACUCGAUAAUAAUGAAAAGGAAUCAGGAUUAAUAAAUCUACCUUUCACUAUACUCCACCCACUUUCAAAUGAGUUAGAUCUGAACAAUAUUUUGAAAAGCGAAUAUGAUGCACACCUCAGUAAUUUGUUUAGUUUAGAUUUAUCAACUCAUCACACCAAAAUUGUCAAAAAGAUGUCUCCAUCUCAAAACAAUUCUUUUUGCUCAUAUACUUCUCCUACUCACUCAUCACCGGGCUAUGUUUCCAUGAGCAGUCCCAACAGCUCUAACCAAAAUUAUUAUUAUAGUUCAACUUUUUCCCCUACAUACUCUUACUCAAGAAGUCCCCCCUUUAGCCCUUCCUCAGUAUACAGCAAUUAUUCUGCUGAAUUCAAUGAUCCUAUCCUAAACUAUUACAGCAGUGAGGAGGAGUUUUACAUAGAUCAAAUGUCAUCUAAAUCUCUUGAUAACUCUACUCUACAACCAUCCUCUACUUUAUUGAGUGAAUCAGAAGAUAUUAUAAAUAAUAACAUCCUAGCCAUAAACACCUCUCAACUUAAAAGUGAAAGUAUUAACAACACCAAUGUGAGUUUAGAGUCUGGUGGUUAUGAAUUAAUAUCACCCGAUCAAAAAGAAAUUUCAAGUCUUAGCUUUAAAAAUAACCACAAUAUUUGUUUUUGUUCCAGUGGUCUAAAGCCUAUAACUAUGCCCUACCAUAAAUUAAUGGACAUGAUAUACAAUUUGCUUUCGCAAGUUUUUAGAAUGUAUCAUUUUAAUCCGACUGCCAUUAUAAAUCAGAACUCAGACAUAUUUUGUACAAUGCUUGACCUAUUACUCAAUUGCGAAGUCCCCCACAGGAGACUCAUAAGAACACUGAGUCGUGUCUGCAAAAAUGAGCGUUACGUUGAGGUUUUGCUUGGGAGGCGGUUUCCUUUUCUGCUUUACAAGUUACAAAUUUUAUUCCAGUCGUUGCAACACAAAAAGAAAAAUGAUGAAACACCCAUUACAAAUUCGUUAAAACGCGAAAGUGAUCAAGAUUUUAAGAUCUUCAAUAAAAAAAAUAAAAGACCUCGAUUAGCCAUAGAUUUGUCUAAGAAUAGUCUCAUCACCAAUACCACAAUUGAAGGUUUGAAAAUCAAAUGUUCGUCCUGCCAUCUCAAGGCUUCUUUCAUACGAAAGCUUAUGAAAUCUUUGCAACACACCUUUCAGACGUCACAUGGAAUGUUGCACGUUCAACAAGUGAUGACAAGAAUCCCUGAUUCGAGUAUUGGAGAUUACAAAUCUUCUUCAUACUUUAACACGAUCUUGUCUUUCCCCUUUCUCAUAAAAAGCAAAAACUUUAGAAAAAUAUGUUUGGAUAAGGGCUAUCUUAAAGUACUGGAAUCUAUUAUCGAACAUGAGUGUCGUGAUGAUAACAAUGCCAUGAAAAUAUUUAUGCGUUAUUUUUCGGAAUAUAUUUUGUUAUCUAUCCAAAAUAUUUACGGAAUUUCAAAAACUAACACCAAAAAAUCACACCAUUAUCAAUUCCCUAUCAAAUUGGUCAAACAAAUUCUACAAGUUUUGUCGAAUAAGAAUACGACCCAGCUCGAAAAAUUAGAAAGUGAUAAUUCUCUGGAAUUGGAAACUAUCAAAUUAUAUACUUCCAACCACUCAGAACGUUGUCAAGAUCAAGACGCUCUAUUACCAUAUAAUGCACCCUACGAUUCAAUCAUGAUAGACUAUACAUCGAUAAGCCAAAUAUCGCCAGUUUUGAAUGUUAUGCUCAGCAAAGAAAGCGGUUUCAAAGAACGAAACCGCGAAGCUGUUUUGAUUGGGGAAGCAAAUCCCGAAGAGUUACAACUUUUGUUCAAAUAUGUAGAAUAUUUUGACAAAAAUACCUUAGAUGGUUUCGAAAAUAAUUGUAAUCAUUCCACCAAUGAUUCAAUGGAAAAUAUUUUAGAAGCCUUCAAAGAAUUUUAUAGUUCCGACGAUCCUGGUGACAUUCUGCCAAUCAUUGACGUUCACUUGGGAAUCUACAAACUUAGUCACCGAUUUAUGAUGAAGACUAUCGAAAAAUACAUCCGCUCUCUGGUUUUACCUUCCCUGUUCCUCUCUUAUAUGCAACAUGACUUCGAUUUUAUUCCUUUACAUGGGAAAAAUAACAAUCAUUCAUACACAUUUAAAUUUAACCAAUUAGUUGUUGAUAAUGAGUUUGGCAUUGUUACCCAUACAACCCCUAGUCAUUUAUUUAAACUCUUAUACAUUUUUUAUACCACCAAUCAUUUUAGCGAGGCAUCUCGGGAUCUUGUUGAAUUUUUUAUUCAUUCUUGCCUACCCCUAUUACUUACUCAUCAUUCUUUUCGCGCUGAACAAAAGAAUCGUAUUGAAGGUGAUCUCAAUUUUUUUGAAUUUUUUUUCGAGGAAUCUUCAACUAUGAAGGAAGAGGACGAAUCAAUCCUAUAUCGGAAAUUUAUAAAUGAUAUCUUUGAUAUAUACCGCAGUAUUAUAGAACUCUCCGCAUAAUUGUAUAAAUAAUUAAAGUUUUAUAGACUUAGAUACAACAAAUUGUAAUUAUAAUA